AUGAAUUUGUCUUUAGCCUAUCGUCUUACUGUAUAUUCAAUAUACAUUUUGCAGGCUUUAUUACGAGCACGAGACGUAAUCGCUCACGAUGUUUAUGGCGAAGGCGCAAUUCGAGUGACACCACCUCCUACAACUACCCUUGGCUCUUCUACAGCAAACGGCGAAGAAGAUGCUAAAGAUUAUGCCGACGGUGCUGCAGAAACUAGUCAUCAUGUGACUCGAGUGCGCCUCGUCCAAUUCCAAAAGACUACUGAUGAGCCCAUGGGAAUCACACUGAAACUGAAUGAGGAGGAAAAAUGCAUCGUUGCGAGAAUAAUGCAUGGCGGAAUGAUUCACAGACAAGGUACCUUGCAUGUGGGAGAUGAACUUCGUGAAAUAAACUCCGAGCCAGUUUAUGGGAAAUCCGUAGAAUAUCUUCAACGUAAAUUGCGAGAAGCUCGUGGAAGCGUGACGCUUAAAAUAGUUCCCAGUUAUCGUACCAAUCCAAUUCAAUGCGAGGUGAGACUUUCACAUACUGUAGAGCUUAUUCUUUUGGGUUAUGAAUAUUUUACACUAAUAUUAGCGUAUACAAAAUUACUUUAG